GAAGCCCCCAGGUUUGGUAUUAAGGUGAUGCUGAAAUCAAAACAAGUUAGGAUGUAUUCCUUCUUUUCUGGAAGAGUUUGUGUAAUUUGAUAUUUCUUUCUUAACCAUUUGGGUGAAAACUUGAUGAAAUGCUUUAGAACUAGUGUUGCAGACCGUGUUUUGGGAAAACAGUGGUCUAGAGAGCAAAACUUAAACGUGAAAUAGUCAGUUGCUGUCCAUUUGAAUGCUCUUGUUUUAUUCAUUUCCUCCCUUAGGCAGCACGGGCCUUUCCCUUCCUGGCUCUGUGGGGCUUGGCUAAGUCACCACAUAAGAGAGCAGUGAGCAAUUUGAGACCUGAGCCUGGUCCUCAGGAAUUUGCUCUCUCCCUGCCAGCAGGAGACCUGUCCCAGCCCUUCUCAGCCAUCUCCACAUUCCUCUGACAGAAUGAAUGCCCUGGAUGGUGUCCCCUUCAAGGUGCCCAAGGGCUUUGUGAUAGGCACGGAGCCCCUCCCUGGGCCAGAGCUCAGUGUCCCAGACUGCAGGGAGCUUCUGCUGGGUUCUAUGCACGACUUCAGCCUGGAGAGGAGGGCACUCUUCUGGGUGGAGGCUGUAGUCCGGGGACCCUGCCUGGUCCAGUGCAAUGCCCCCGGGGCAGCUUCAGCCCCUCCCGCUUGGCUCUUGCUGGUCAGCCCUGAGCAAGGGCUGGAGCCCAUGCCUGCCGCAGCCGAAGGUCCUGAGGCCAGACCGCAGGAGCAUCCUGAGGAGGAAGAGGUGGAGGAGAAGGACCAGGAUGAGGAAGAAGCCUCCUCUGCCAUGGAGGAAGAGCCGGAUCCCUGCAGCCCCCAGCCCAGCCCCUCAGCGAGCCCCAGCCUGGGCCAACACCGGUGCUCGCUGGACGUGCUGCGCGGCGUGAGGUCGGAGCUGGCCGGGGCGCGGCGUCGGCUCUCUGAGUGCAGGCUGGUCGCCCGCCCCCGCAGUCUCCUGCACCGCAUCCGCCACCGAGCUCUGAGCCUCUGCCCUGGCCCCGCGUCAGCCCUGGGCCCGGCACUCCCGCUCCCCAGCGCCCCCACGCCGCCGCCGGGCCUCGAGCCAUCGCUCCCCAGCACCCCUGCACUGCCCCCGCGGCCCUCCACGGCUGGCGCCGUGCCCCCGCUGCGGAGCCACAGGCCCGCGGUUGCGUCCCUCAGCUCGCAUACCUGCCUGCCACCUCCUGGGCAGGUGCCCCAGCCUCUCGCCACCCACAGAUUGCACCCUGAUUCUGCUGACUUGCUGUCCGCCCUGAGCCAGGAGGAGCAAGACCUCAUCGGGCCAGUGGUCGCCCUGGGGUAUCCCUUGCACAGGGCCAUCAUGGCUCUACAGAAGACUGGGCGGCAGAGCCUGAGCCAGUUUCUCAGCUACCUUAGUGCCUGUGACCGGCUAUUGCGACAGGGCUACGAGGAAGGCCUGGUGGAUGAGGCCAUGGAGAUGUUCCAGUUCUCCGAGAGCCAGGCAGGGGAGUUCCUGCGCCUCUCAGAGCAGUUCAGCGACAUGGGCUUCCAGCAGGACCGGAUCAAGGAGGUGCUGCUGGUCCACGGCAACCGCCAUGAGCAAGCCCUGGAGGAGCUGGUAGCCUGUGCCCAGUGA